AUGAUCAAUGUGACAAGAGGUAUCGGCAUAGCGAUACCGUUUCGUCCAAACUUGUCAGUUCAUACUUCAUACAUAACUGAUCACUUCAACUUGUCAUAUCAUGCGUCAUUUGGAAUGGGAAGACUUGGGAGCGGAGGUCGAUGGCCAUUACAUUACGUCCGCUUUGCAGACGACAUCAUGUUUAUAACACCUAACAUCAAGCAGGCGGCCGAGUUCGACAGUGCUUGUGGAAAGAUCGGCUUGACUGAACCUAACGGAAUCGAUGUUCAUGGGAAACGGAAUGGUUCCGAAUGCUCCUUUAAAGCUUAA